UUUGUAGUUCUAAUGUUCCAAUCCAACCAAACAACAAGCAUAAGAAAGACCGACAGGUCAGUGACCUACUGUUUACCUUAUCAUCAGUUCACCUCUUUCUUUCCCUUUUUCCUUUUAAUAACCUCUCUUUAACCCUUUAUCAACAUGAUAUCCUCUCUGUCUAUUUCUAAUUGAUGUUUCUUUAGGCCAAAAGAAGUACCAUUCCAAUUAUUCAUGGCUAUAGAGAUCAUGAUGAAUUACAUAAACACAAAUAGCAAUAACAGCACUAGCUUCAUGUCCAAUUUGGAAGAAAAAACAGUGGUUCAAGAAGCUGCCUCGGGGCUUCAAAGUGUCGAAAAAUUCAUUAAAUUAUUGUCACAUAGUCAAAAACAAGGGAAUUCAACUUCUUUCAUAAAGCAAGAAAAAUCGACCCCAAUGGAGAUUGAAAUAGUGGCUGAUGCAGCUGUUACAAAGUUCAAGAACGUAAUUUCUCUUCUUGGACGAAAGAGAACUGGCCAUGCUCGAUUUAGAAGAGCACCUAUUGCUUCUCCUCAUCCUGAAAAUUUCAAGAAGGAUUAUUAUGUUGACACAAAAGUUUAUUGUCCUACACCAAUUCAACAACUCCCUCCAACAGCCUAUGAUCGUUAUAAUCACCAAUUAUGUCAAAAUCCAAAUGAUGGGGUUGUUGAAAAGCAGGAAUUGGUUACAAAGACGAUUAAUUUUUCGGAAAUUUGUCGUUCAAAUUCGUUCAAUAUGUCAACGUUAACAGGGGAAACAGAGAGUAAAAGCUUCCAGAUUUCAAAUAUUUCUCAGGUCUCUUCAGUUGUAAAGCCUCCUUUGUCUUCUUCUUCUUCCUUCAAAAGUAGAAAGUGCACUUUGUCGGAUAAUGACCUUUCUGGCAAGUGCAGUGGUUCCUCUGGUCAAUGCCAUUGCUCAAAGAGAAGGAAAUUAAGACUUAAAAGGGUAGUUAGAGUUCCAGCAAUAAGCAUGAAGCUGUCAGACAUCCCACCGGAUGAUUAUUCAUGGAGGAAAUAUGGACAAAAGCCAAUUAAGGGAUCUCCACAUCCAAGGGCAUACUACAAAUGUAGUAGUGUGAGAGGGUGUCCGGCACGUAAACAUGUAGAAAGAGCUCUGGAUGAACCAACGAUGCUCAUUGUUACGUACGAAGGCGAGCAUAACCAUUCCGUUUCUGUUGCUGAAACAAGUAGUCUCAUUUUAGAGUCUUCCUAAAAUGUAGUGGCAAUACCAUGGUUAGUCAAAAAGACAUAGCAGGGCAAGAAAAAGAGGGUGACAAAUGUAAACUAGUACAGUGUAGGACUAGUUGAGUCUUGUUGAGUCAUUCAGUUCUAUCUCAAAGGAUAUCCAUCUUAAGAACAUAUAGAUUUAGGAUAAGUAUUUUAACUAUUUUUGUUAUGCAAUUUAGGCUGAUAGCAGUGAAUUCAGUUGAAAUCACA